UAGAGUCAGUAUUCAACCAACCGUUUUCGAGUAACCAUAUGCUGCUCCGACUUCCGCGUAUAGCCAAGUGAUCACGAUUUUAUUUUCAAUUCUUUGCAUGUAAUUAAGCUCGUUCUAUCAACCAUUCCGUUUUCGCAAUAAAUACAUGAAAAUUCAAGUGUUACUUUACGAUACAGUGUUAAAAGCAGCCGGGAAAACUGGUGUAUGUGUGAGAGUAAAGUGGGGUUAAAUUUCUUCCCUUGAGUUUGUGUUAUUGUGAAGUGGCAGUUUUCUGAAGUGCCGUCUCUGGAAAUAUAUUUUGAAGAGAAAAACUCUUUGAAAACGUCCGUCGCGGGCCAUUAUGAGGAGCUGGUGAAGGCGCCUGGUGCUGUGGUGGGUGGCGAGGGCUUUUGUCUCCAGACGAAUAAUAUGGUCUCAGGCACUUCCACCACCGCCAGCCAUGAUGGUCCUGAGCCUGAGCGCGAGCAACUAACUUUCGAGGUCGACACAGAAGGCUUUACGCCGGAAACAGCUGCCUUAGUCGAACACAUCAAGCAGGUAGCAGAGGAUGUCCUCUACCAUUGGAAGACUUUCCCUCUCCACCUACCAUCCCAUGUAGCCGUACAAAAUGACCCUGCCUCCACAGCCUCUUCAGGUAAUUUUGGUGGAGGUGGGAAUGGCAAUGGAGGAGGUGGAGCUGGUGGGGGUGGAGGAACAGGAGGUGGAGGUAAUCUUGUUGGAGGUGGCAAUGGUGGUGUAGGAUUAUUUGGUCGAGCUAGGCCGCUGAUCCUGAGGGACGUCUUUGUGACACCAUCAUUUGAUGAGCUCGAUGCUGUGGCAGUGGAUUCCAAAGGAGACCCCAGGAGACUAUCCAACCACCACUUACACUCCAUCAGGGAAAAGGGGUUGCACCGAGACAGUCAGGGGAAGCGGCGGAGGCUCACCGAUUACCAACUGGAGACACUUCGCCGUACAGGCGAGUUUGAAGUGGAGUCCUUGCACUUUCCUGGCCAGAGUCAUCGUUGGCAAGUCUCUGGGUGGCUCCAGAAAGGAUGUGAAAAAGCACAUGAUUCUUUACUCAAUGAUGUAGCCCUAGCCCUUUCCCUUAUCGUUGUCACUGCCAAGAACAGAAUAUCGUCUCCCCUGUUUUCACUAUCUCAGUCAUUGCAUUCAAUAUGGCAAGGCAUGCUGAUGUUAGUAGAUUUAGCAUUUGGUAUCCCCUGGGUUCAGGCCCAUAAUUUAGAGGCGCGUAUGAAAGAAGAGCGAUGCAGCUACUUGGUUCAAGAGCUUACUUGCAAGGAUGGUGAUGUUGAAUCAUUGUGUUCCUGGAUGGUUCAGCAGAUAAAAAGAGCCACAAGGGAAAAGUUUCAGUUGUCAGGUGAAAAGCAGCCACCUGUGCCAUAUAUCUUCACAACUCCCCAGGGGCUGGAGCUGGAUCUCCGACUCUUCAACAGGGAGCUGAUGAAGAAAGCUCUACCAGUAUUAGUAAGCAUCUUAGAAAAAGAAGCGCGGGGCUGGUUCCUGCAUUUCAGAGAAAAGGUUGUAGCUGACCUCAAAGCCCAAAACUUAAGUGAUUAUGAGGUUGAAAAAGAGGGUAAUCGUUUAGUUCAAGAAGAAUAUUUAAGGCGUGUUUACACUGCCAUUUUAGCUCAUCCCGUUUUACAAGAGCUUGGUCAUUCUGUGCCACAACUGCUUGUGAAUCAUGCAAAAGCAGUGCUGUUAAUGCACAGAGCACUGGAUGAGGUUGAAAGAAUAUACGAAGAGGGAGAACGAGCUCGUCGAGAAGAGUUGAGACACACACAUCCAAUAUUUUCACGUAUAGAUUCAUGGCUGGCUGACCAAAUUAGAGCUACACAUGAAACAUUAACAGAACAGCACAAGUGGCGUCCACACGAACACUCAUUGGCUCUAUGUCGUCAGCAUGAUCUACAACAACACGCUUAUUUUCUGCAGAGAGAUUUGUCCUUUAUGAGAGAGAGAGAACCAGUUUUGUUAAAUGAAUUGAAAAAUCUGAAAGUGGCUAUGAGAGUCUUUCAGUGGCGAGCCCAAGUAUGGUUCCCCAGCAACUACAUUGUCAGUCGAAGUUUCCAGGGAGAAAGUGAAAUCAUACCAACAGUGUUGGCAUCUUCUCCCACUUCUAUCACUACCCCUCGUACAGAUCCGAACCAUCCGGUUUAUUUAUUAGAAAAACAGUUAAUCAGGACCACUUCAACACGCUGGCCUUUUUGGCGAUGGUGUAACUUUGUGCACAGAUCUUGGGCUUGGACCUGCAAUACGUUGUUUUUCUUUGGGGUGUGGCUGCCGCUUUGUUCUCCAGUCAGUCUGAGGGCUUUGCUGUGCCAAGAACCAUUUAUGCCAGAUUUUGAGCUCUCACAGGUGAAUGGUACAGUUUGUCCUAGUAAAUCAUCUCUAACUCCUACAUUAGCAUCACGACUACAAACACUCUGGCGUCACAUAUCAAAAUCCAGAUCACAUUUUGAAACUACACCAGAUACAGGCUUUAUAGGGAAAGGUGUCACGAGGCACAUGAACCGCGCUUGGAACUAUGUCAUGAAGGGUAUUGUUGGCACAUUGCUGUUAACGACAGUAUUCCCAUUAACUUGCCUCUUAGUGUCGAUGGGAUCGAUGGCUGUGGCUGUUGUAGCACCAUUGUGGGUUCCAGCUCUUGUAUUUCUUAUCCAUAUAAGUUGCAUACUUCUGUAUGAUGUAGAUUCUCCAACGGGUAAACGAAAAUGGAGCCCAAUUCUACAAGCAAUUGCUCUCCAUCUCAUUGCUCUAGGUAUUAUACAGCCUGUGUUGGCCUUCAUUACUGCUACUUUGAUCUGUCCAGUCGUGGCUACCAUUGUUUUGUUAUAUGGAGUUGUACGUCGAGGGUUAAGACAUAUUUGGGAUGCUUUCAUGUUCCACGCAGUAAUCAAGAAGAGAGGUCGAAUCCCAGCCUCUGAUAGCUUCCUUGUAAAGCGAAUUGCAGGACCAGGGCUGCAUAGCAACUUUUACUAUCAGAUAAGCUGUGAACAGGCAUUAGCUGCCUUUGAAGCUCGACUUGAAUUAGAUGAGUUAUCAGUUUAUCAACGUGAAACUGAAGCUGUAAUUUAUAAACCUCUAAUUGUUUACACUGAUUUUGUUCAAAGAUGUUUUGGACCCUUCAGUGGAAUAAUUGGUAAAAGUGGUAACUACGACAGAGUGGAAAAGGAGGUCAGGGAUCUAAGCUUAACACUACAGGAAAAAAUUGACAGGCGACGCAGAGAUCUUGCUCUUGGCCUUCCUAUCAGUGUCAGGUCAAAAGUGAAGCUCACCACAAGGGACUUGAAAAUUACACUAAAGCAAGCCACCAUUAUGAUAGAAGAAUUCUAUCCUUCACAUGUGUUGUGUCGUAUCAUUGGUAGAAGUAGCAGCGAAUCAUCUGAAGGUGACUUGAGAGAGAUCAUACAUCAGCUUGAUCGUAUUCAAGGGCGGAUUAGUUCUUCUGCACCAAAAAAUGUUGGUAUCACUGAGACAGGAGCCACUUCUUCAAGAAGAGCUGCAGGCCCAGUUGAACCAAAGUUUGCAACAGUUGAAGAAUGGUGGGACAGCAAAGGGCUGGCCUUUGGUGACUAUGCAGGCCUUGCUUCACUAAUUUUUACUGAAAUCUUUAGUUCUGAUUUCCUUACACCGAUGGAAGAAUCUGACACAAGCUUCCAAAUGGAGGUUCAUGGUGUGAGCUUAUCACGAUACACAGAAAUGAUCAGGUGCUUGCCAGACAGACCUGACUUGGAUGAAAAACUUACAGUCCACACUCCUCGAGGAAAUAUUCAGGUUCAUGCUCCUUACUUAGAUUUAGCGUCAUUCACACCACUCGUAAGACAUGGUGUCCCAACUCAUCGCACUGGGAAAACCAGCCUUGCAGCCAGAUUGUCUCUAAGACUUAACCCUGGUAAAAGAAUGGUAUGUGGAAGUCAUGUUCCAGAAAAGUUACUUAUUCCACCUCCCAUCCCACAUCCUGCUCAUAUCUCGGUGAUCAUUCACAACAGAGAAGCUUCUGAAACUAUUCCCUUAGAUACACCUCUUACCCUUCAGGUAAUUCGAACAAUAGAAGAUUCGCCUCACGUUGUGGCUGCCUUCACUUCUGUACCACUUGCUGAAGAUGGCACACCAAUGUCCGACUCUAGGUCAUCAUCAAUGUCGCAUGACAGGUCAUUUUAUGAUGACCCUUCUCUGUAUGAUGGCCCAUACAACAAUCCCUCUCGUGCUGGCACAGCAGAUCGAAGAGGCACAAGAUUCUCAUCUGGACGAUCACGCACUGCAACACUAGAAAUGACAGCAACCUUAGAUAGGAUGGAGCAACGCACAAAUGCUCAUGAAUAUAACAGGUCCAGUACAUUAGAACUUACUCCAACACGUAUGGCUCAAAGAUUACCUACGCCACUGCGCUCUUUCUUUGAAGGACAGCGGCCAUUUACAGUGUCGCUUAAUUUAGCUUCAGCUGAGGAUGUCAGCCUAGAAGUUGAGGAGGAAGAGGAGGAGGAUCCCAUUCCUCUCCACCCGCUUACUCAUUCGACAUACACGACGGCUGUGUGAUGAAACGCCGGAGGGCAAUUUAUUACCCUCCAGCCAUAUUAAACAGAUUUGGUAAUUGUUACAUUGUAGACAAAAUCUUGUUUUAUUACAUUGUUAUACGGAGAGCAUAUAGUUAAAUUUCUUGCCCUGCAAAUAUUUGAAAAUGUUCACAACUGAAAUGAUAAAUUUUGAGUUGCAUCUCAACAUCCCAAUUAUUUUUCAAGAAAAGCAGAAAGCAUGUUAAAAAGAUGAUUAAGGUUUAAUAAGCAGUGGCAAUUAAAUUAUUAUUAUUACUGAAGCUCUUAGCAUGACAGUUUGUAAGAACUGAUUCUUUCAUUCUGGGGAACCUUUACGCAUAUAAGGUUAUUAUACACUAAUAAAAAAAGGGGGGGCGGGCUGAAUCCAUGAGACUUGACAUUCAUCAAAUGUUUCAAGGAAACUAAGGUAGCAAUUACAUUAUUAAAAUGCAUAUAUACUACUGCCUUAAUUUAAUAAAACAGGCCUAGACGACAAAGUACUGUAUUCAUUUAUAGAAUAUCUAAAGAAUACAUAUUUGUUACUAAAGAUUUAAUACGUACCAAGAAACUGGGAAAGUAUGGCUAUGCUUAUCACUGGUACUUCCCUCAAAGCACAGCUAUUCUAAUAAUUAAAGAAAUUAAUUGGAAGUACACAGGAAAUAACUUUUUUCCAGUCAAAAGUUCCUCUGGAAAUGAAAUUCAUUUAACAGGAAAUGCUAACUUUGUUAUUUAGAGGAGAUUCAAACUGGACGGAAAUUCAAAAUAAACGUGCAAGACAGUGAUUGUAGAGUAUGUAACUCCUUUUCAAAGGUAAAAUAUGAAGUGAAAAAGUUAAUGAGAAUGUUGAUGGAUUCAUAAAUAAAUGAGAAAUUGACUUGUGAUUUAUAUAGGAAUUUAGUCUUCAAGUCUAUAUAUAAAUGAAGUUAUCUUUGAACCCUUUUCUCAUAAAAUUCAGUACAAUAAUUAUAUUUCUCAUCCAUUCAGUUGAACAUGAUAACUGGGAGCUAAAAAGAAAAAACAAGUACCUAAUAAACUAAAUACUGUGAACUUAUAUUUUUAUGCAAAUUCUCAUAUUCCCCAUCAAAUGUUCCAGAUAAAAGAGCAAAUAGCAAAGACUACACACUAAAAGUGACAAAAAUUGAAAAAUCCUUAAACCAACCCACAUCAGUUUUUCCAGAAAUUUAGAGCUAAAAAUGACUACUGUUUGUACACUAUUCAACAAACCACAUACACUGUCUCCUAAAGCACUAAAGAGCAGAAAUGCAUUUUCUUUGGAUUGCUACAUGGCAACUGCAAAAUGAUUAAGCAUUUUUUUAUGAGGCACUGCAAACACUUCAUGUGUACCUACUUCAAAUAUAUAAGUCCUAAAAGUUUGUGGCUUUCAGCUUCCUUUUAGACUGCCAAUUUAGGUGACACUAUUUUAAUGAUCAGGAAUUUGUGGAAGCCAUAAAUAGACCAAUCAACCUUUGAUAUUCCUAAAAACUAAAGCACUGCCCUGUUGAGAUAUAACUUUGCAGUUGUACUGUUUUUCUGAAAAGUUCACCUUGAUCUUUUAAACUAUCUAUGACAAAUUUCUAAAGCUGCAAUUAAUCAGUCCAAGCAGAAUAGGUACUAUUGCUUAUAAAAAAAGAUGAAAUGUUCAGGACAAAAUAAAAUUGGACAUGUGAGGUAACCACUAGAUCUACUAGAUGUAGGGUAGUGUUAAAUGGAAUAUUAAGAAUUUUUAGCCUUUCAGACCAAUAAUAUAAUACAGAUUCAAAUGUGCAUGACUGCUACGUGAUUAACUGUACAUCUUGAGUAAGAUAAAAUAAAAAAGGAACAGGCAUAAAUUCACUCUGCUAGGCAGUCUUGCUAUAUAAUGAAUUAAAUGAGUACUGUAUAGCAUAAUUAAAGAAUUUAAUGUUCUUUUCUUACCAUAGUUACUGUAGAUUCUUGAUGAGAAAUAAAGUUCAGCGAUUACUGUUCUAGGUACCAGUAUUUUUCAGUGGACAGUGUGUACCAACAUUCAAAAAAUGUAUUGAACAUUAAUUCAUGAUGAUUACAGUUACAGUAUUUGUUUUAUUUUGUAGAUGCACACAGGAUUUAAAUAAACAUUCUUUAUACUGUGUGACGUUUUGCACCAAAGUUAUGUCUAGUUCUGCCAGUAAAAAAAAAAAGCACAUAGAAACAUUUAAUGUCUUAUUGCUGUUGGAUCAGUGAUAAUACGAGAAACAACCUGGUCCUUUUCUAUGACUAAGAUUUAAUGCUAAGCAUUUCUGUGAUGUUAUAUACAGUACUGUACAUGUAUAUGUGAAUCUCAUACGAGUGUAUUUUUUAAUAAGUUGUGUUUGCAUUGUUUGAAUAUGCUCUCUCUUUUCCCCUUUUUUACUUUCUUGUAGAAUAAUGCUUGUAUUUUUUCUAAACUUACUACAGUAUUCUAACCGACAGGUUAUUCAUGUGUUGAAUCAACUCAUUUUCAUAUUCAUGUAGAAUUUUCAACAGUAGCGGUAGACUCAUUCCUCAUUUCAUUCAUUAUAGGGAUAUUGUAGGUUUCAAAUGUUUGAACUAGGAGUAAAGUUUUUCUCUUUCAUCAGCAAACUGUGAGCUAUCUAAUCUUUGUCUCGACUGAAUUCCUUUGUUUUAUGGUGUGAAAAUAAUCUGUACAUCAAAUGUUAAUUAGCACUUUACCUUUUCUAUGUGAUACGCACUCUAAAAGUACUGUCUGUACAUUUCAAGCUUUAGUCUUUCCAGUAUUCAAUACUCGAUAUAGUUCCCGGUAAGUGGAUUUAUCAUUAAAAAUGGUGGAUCUAGUGAUAUUUUGUUCUGUAUCACUGAGCAAUUUUGGUCGCCACAUUGUCUCAUCUUUGGAGGAUAUCAUAACGCAUAAUACUGAAUAGAAUACAACAGAUAUGAGUGUGUGUGUGUGUACAGUGUAAAUAGACCUGUGUGUACCCAUUUGUAAAUUUUGUAACAUUAUUCUUCUUUGAACCUGAUACCUUGCCAAAAAUAAAGAUAGAAUAUUC